GUCACAGCCUCUGAGUAAGGAGACGGGGCCGCAGGCGUCCUGAUUUAUCAAACCUUUUUGGAGAAAUCGUGGAGUUUCCCGCUAUGGAGUGUUUUGGCGUGAGUCGACCUGAGGAAUCCUGAAGAAACACGGAAUGCUGGGCGGCAUCACAGAAGAGAAAGGAAGACGGAAACGGCAGGCGGCGGCGAAACCGAAUGGCUUCUAUAGUGCUGCCUUUGACAAGGGACGGCGAUAAGACGGCAGGCUCUCCCACCGUCCUUGAACGCGUCUCCGCUGUGCUGCACGCCCGCAAACUGAGCGAAUCAACAGGAGGGGGGUCCCUCGGGGAAGGCGGCGCCUGUAACCCGGCCCGGACCUGCCAUCCUUCGGCUGCGAGGCGAGCGGAGGUCAAGUUGCGUCCGCUCGGUGAGGAGAAAGUGCGCGUGUGCUGUGAUGAGGAAUUGGAGACAUCUUUCACCUACAUCGAUGAGAAUGUCAACCUGGCAAUCGGCAGCCCAGAGACGAGCUGUAAAAGUUCCCUCAGAACCGCACGCAACUGCGAGCCGUGCUCAGAGACGGUCCCCGAUUUUUCUUUCAUGUCCGAGGACGACUUGUCCUUUGGGGAGAACUCAGGUUCUUCAGUGGACUAUUGCUUUAUAAGCGCAGUCACUUUUUUGGUGACCGGCAUUUCCUUGGUGAUAAUCUCCUACACCGUGCCCCGGGAUGUGGUCGUGGACAGAGACAGUGUCUCGGCCAGGGAGAUGGAGAGACUGGAAGUGGAGAGCGCUCGCAUUGGAGCUCACCUGGACCGGUGCGUCAUAGCAGGAUUAUGCUUGCUGACACUGGGCGGGGUUGUGCUUUCCACUCUUCUCAUGAUUUCCAUGUGGAAAGGAGAGAUGUACAGGAGGAAAGUCAUUGCUUAUUCCAAACGUUCCGCCAAACUCUAUGGUUCCAUCAGCUUGAAAACUAAAUCCAGUCCCAGUCACUCCUCUGCACACUUGUCCCUGGAGGAUAUAGUGGAAACUUUGAACUAGCAGUGCACAGUAUUGGGCUGCACUCAAAUUGUCACCAUUUUUUACUGUGUGCAUUGGACAUGCAAGUGUGCAAUAUUUUGGUUUAUGAUGUACACAGAAAAACAGGCUAUCAUGAUAGCCUACUAAUCAUUUUCUAUACAACUCGUCUUUGUUUGGGGCCUGCUCAAUUUGGAUGGAGUGGGGUCCACCCUGGACUGGUCAUCAGCCACUUGCAGUCAUGUCGUCAAAGUUAGUGAUAUCCCUUUAUAUGUAAUUGCCAGAUUCUUCUUCUUUUCCUUUCGGCUUGUCCUGUAUCAGGGGACAAUGUAAAUGUCUUGAGAGGAGAUGAAACAGGUUUCCUUCACAAUGUUGUCUAUUUUGCAAUUCUGCAAUGCCAGAGCAUAUUCCGUUUUUGUUUCUUUAUGUAAAUACAUUCAGAAGGACACAAAAAACAGCUAAUUCAACUGUAUAAUGUAUACUGUUAGAUCCAAAAGCAUUUGGACAAUGUCACAGUUUAGCAAUGGGAAGUACUCUCCAUAACACAGCUAUACUUGCUAACUGGUAAAUGCCAUAUUUUUUCAAUACAGUACUUAAAUACUUUAAGUAACUGGUGAGUAACUUCCAAUGUAUUUUUUAGUAACAUAUUAUAUCCAUCCAUUGUCUAUACAGCUUGUGCUCAUAGGGUUGUGGGUGAGCUGGCCCUGAACCAGCUGACUUGGAUGGGAUGUACAGUUUGGACAUGUUGCCCCUUAGUUGCAGUGGACACAGACAAAAAAAACCCCAAAACAUUCACACUCACGUUCUCAGCUAUACACAAUUGCGAGUCUUCAAUUAACGAAACACCCAGAGAAACCCCAUAUAAGCACAGGGAGAUUAUGAGAACCCUACACAGGAAAGCCAGAGAUGAGCAUGGAGCAGAGACCUCAGAACUCCAAAGCUGACAUCCUUACCAUGAAACCUUCCAUAACCUUCUAAUAGUUUCAUUUUUAAAUACUUUGUUGUGGUGUGGAAAUAUAAAAAAACACUGCCAUUGUUCACAUACUUCUUCUUUUCCUUUCGGCUUGUCCUCUUAGGGAUCGCCACAGCGUGUCAUCUUUUUCCAUCUAAGCUUAUCUCGUGCAUCUUCUUCUUUAACACCCACUGUCCUCAUGUCCUCCCUCACAACAUCCAUCAACCUUUUCUUUGGUCUUCCUCUCGCUCCUUUGCCUGGCAGCUCCAUCCUCACCACCCUUCUACCAAUAUACUCACUUUCUCGUCUCUGAACAUGACCAAACCAUCUCAGUCUGCUCUCUCUAACCUUGUCUCUAAAACAUCUAACUUUGGCUGUCCCUCUUAUGAUCUCAUUUCUAAUCCUAUCCAACCUGUUCACACCAAGCGAGAAUGUCAGCAUCUUCAUUUCUGCUACCUCAAGUUCAGCUUCGUGUUGUUUCUUCAGCGCCACCGCCUCUAAUCCGUACAUCAUGCCCGGCCUCACCGCUGUUUUAUAAAAUUUGCCCUUCAUCCUGGUGGAGACUCUUCUGUCGCAUAGAACACCAGACACCUUGCGCCAACUGUCAGCCCUGCUUUGACAAGUUUCUUCACUUCUUUACCACGUUCUCCAUUGCUCUCUAUUGUUGACCCCAAGUAUUUGAAGUCAUCUACCUUCGCUAUCUCUUCUCCGUGAAGCUUCACUCUUCCUUUUCCGCCCCUCACAUUCACACACAUAUAUUCUGUUUGACUUCGGCUAAUCUUCAUUCCUCUCCUUUCCAGUGCGUGCCUCCAUCUUUGUAAUUGUUCCUCCGCAUUCUCCCUGCUUUCACUGCAUAUCACAAUAUCAUCUGCGAACAUCAUGGUCCAAGGGGAUUCCAAUCUAACCUCAUCUGUCAGCCUAUCCAUUAGUACCGCAAACAGGAAGGGGCUCAGUGCAGAUCCCUGAUGCAGUCCCACUUCCACCUUAAAUUCUUUUGACACACCAAUGGCACAGCUCACCGCUGUUCUGCUGCCCUCAUACAUGUCCUGUACUAUUCUAACAAAUUUCUCCACUACGCUAGACUUGCGCAUGCAGUACCACAGUUCCUCACUUGUUACUCUGUCAUAGGCGUUCUCUCGGUCUACAAAGACACAAUGUAGCUCCUUCUGAGCUUAUCUGUACUUUUCCACGAGCAUCCUCAAGGCAAAUAAUGCAUCUGUGAUACUCUUUCUCGGCAUGAACCAUACUGUUGCUCGCAGAUACUUACUUCUGUCCUGAGUCUAGCCUCCACUACUCUUUCCCAUAACUUCAUUGUGUGGCUCAUCAUCUUUAUUCCUCUAUAGUUUAAUUGUUCACAUACUUUUCACUAGUAAUAUCCCAACAUACAAACAAUUUAAAAUAUCUAAUAUUUUAACACAAGUACGUCUCUGCUUGAAUAAACGCCAUACAUAUUUUUUUUUAAUAUACAUAUUUGGAACUUCAUUCUAUAGUUGACAGUCUCUUACAAAGUGGGCCAGUAGACCGACUUUAGAGCAAGAGUGUUGUCUGUUGUUCUUGAAUUGUUCCCAUUUUCAUUCUGGUAACCCAUCUUUAUGUUCCAUGAAAGAUGUUAUAUAAAUAUUUACUAUCAUUAUCAAGCGGUAAAUCCAACUUGAUAGAAAGGUGCGGCCAUACCUAACUUUACUGCUACUUUUGACGUGACUUUUACUGCUUGAACAAAGCCUGAGUCUGAGUUAGCUUUAUGGUUUUUAUAUUAUUUGAAAUUGCACCAUAUGAGAUAGGCAUGUACUCCUAAUAUUGCUGACAGAUUUCACAGUACAGCCAUUCUUCAACAUAAACACUCCACUGUACAUGAAUACAGUGAAUACACAGGGUUGGCACCCAGGAUUCAGUAAUUCGCAAUUAAAAAAAAAUAUAUAUAUAUUUUAUUUUUGUCUUGCGGUUUUCUGCUGUUUUUGUUGUUGUUUUUAUAUUUUUCAAGGAACCCAACAGUGAAAACACUUUUAAGGGAUGUAUCCCCAUUUAUCCAAUAACUUUACAUUCUUUUUUUUUUUUUAAUUUCACAUUGAAGUUAUAAUGCCUGUCCAUUACGUAUAGAUUUCUGCGAUUUGUGGUCUGGCUCGGUCCCUAAUCCCGAGUGACUUCUGGGGUCCACAUUGGAGUAUUUUUUUAAAAUAACUGGUCGUGGAACAUUUAAACUGAACUGUACAGCAACAGAAUAUCUAUUUGAAGGGUGCGUUUAUUUGACAUCUAUUUGCAGAAAUCCUGAUGAAUGCAUCCAGGGCGUAAGUAAAAAUAAUGGCAGUGUCAGUAUGACCACAUUUUUUUAUAUUAGUGGAAAGAAAGGAUUUGUCAAUUUAAGGAGAGAAAUUUUUUUCUUCAAGUGGAUGAUUACACAGUGCCUGAUUGAGGGAAAAUGUCAAAUGUCAACUCGAGCAAAUGCUUCUCUUAGAAGAUCCUAACAUUACUCAUAAGUACAAUGUCCAAAGCUUACAAUAGAAGUGAAGAAUAUGGCAACAGCAAUGUCACUAAUACUGGAAUGCAUUUUGGUACACUGUAAAUAUCAGAGCGCUUCUGUUUAUUAUUAAUGCUGUUCAUUUUUAAUGUGAAGGCUCUGAACUUCGAAAUCGUACACACGCACAUUUCAGGAAGUCACUGGAGUCCCCAGAGUGGAGGUGAAUCUGGCUGCUAAGAGGUUCACUGUGGGAUAGUCAGCUCAGUGGUGUGCAUGGUAAUAUCCAGUGACAGUCGCUCUCUGGUGCUGUGCGGAGGUAAAGCCAGUAAGCCCAGCUUAGCGCAUCUGAGCAGAAAGCUCCAAGUCGCUUUGACUGAACUAAGCAAUUUGACUGCAUUGGACAGCCCUGCCUGCCAUGCACUGCGCACGCUCCUCCGCUGUCUUCAUCAGCUCUUUUCCUUAUCUUUUCUUUCUGGAGAAUGCAUUGUUGCCUUCAGCCUUUUAUCACUCCAAAGCUGCAAUGCAGUGUUUAUACAGUAUAAUGUGUUGGAAUUGGGUCCUGGAUGAUAAGAGGAAAGGCAUUAUCAGAAACUUGAUUAGCAUUUUUCUCAGUGGAACAAACCUCUCUUUUUCUUCUCACCAGGACACACUCGGAGGGCAACAUAAUAAAACCAUGUUGGGGAAAUGCUGAGGAUAAGACUGCCUUGAAAGCAACAGUAGCUUUACCGAAUGAGUUUCUUAACACAAUCCGGUGAAGAAAAUGAUCUGAGUCAGGUGAAAUGUUAAAAGGUUGUUGAUGAUCAUGUGAACAAUGACAACGUGAUGAAGCUGUAAACUGACAAAAUGCAGAUUUCUGUUUUGUCAUUUAUCUAACAAAGAUUCUAAGUAAAAAAUAUUUCAUUUUCCCACAUCACAAUCAUGGCCUUCUCUUACCCACCCUCUCUUAUUUAGAUUAACAUUUAAUGACAAUGUUUUCAUGAAUUUGCAAAUGCAGGAGAAGAAUGUGGUUAAAUAGUUCAAGCAUUUUCUGUUUUACCUAUCCACAAUGCUGCAAAUGCUGGCAUUCAUGUGUGCCAGAAGAAAAUAAAGAAUGCCAGAAGAUGCCUUUGUAUGUUUGUGUGUGUGUACGCAGUUUGUCUCAUAAAUC